GUAAAGGCGUUACGGGAACCCUUGAAGGAACACUCAGGCAGCCAGCAGCUCAGGCACGUCAAGCUCGCCGGCACGGAGGAUGCACUAGGGGCCGGACGCUUCUGACAUACCAGCCCACCAGGACCCAAGAUGGCGUGUGUCGGGAGGAGCCCCAGGGCGCUAUUAUCGGCGCUGCUGGCUUCGUGUCUCCUGCUGCUGCUCCUCCUACAGCCCAGCACCGCCCAGGGAGCGGAGUCGCGGCCCUUCAUCCGCAACACCGCCAACGCCCCGAGGGAGUUCCGCGAGGGGGACGACAUUCUCCUGACGUGCGUGGUGGCGGACCUGGGCAACCACACGGUACUCUGGAGCAAACGAGCGCAUGGCAAGAACACCAUCCUGACGGCGGCCGAGCGCACCAUCACCAGCGACGCGCGAGUGUCCCUCCUGCACGACAGAGCUCCCUCCUACAACAGCUCCCUCAUCAGCUCAGGUGGCGACGUGUGGGUCCUCGUCAUCAAGAACGCCAAGACGUCGGACGCGGGCAUCUACGUGUGUGAGAUCAACACCAGCCCGCGCCUCGCCUCCAUCUACGUGGUCAGCGUCACCUCGGCCAACGCCUCGACGACCCAGGUGGCUCUCCGGUCGACGCACAACUACACGGAUUGCUGCAUGAAGAACGGCGUCAACCAGCAGUGCCUCGGCUUCUGCUCCAUUCACAACAUCGUGGAGGGCAAGACGGGCAUCGAACCGGAGGCGUGCGAGACCUUCUUCCCCCAUAUCGUCAAGUGCAUGGCGGACAUGCGGAACCACGUGCCUUGCUGCGAGAGACAACACGUGCCCGACAUCUGCCAGGACCUGUGCCGCGGGGAGUACACGAUGCAGGAGGACCGGAUACAGUCGCACUUCUCCUGCACCGCCUACACGGAAGCCACGCUCAUGUGCAUCUCCCAGGGCAUAGAAAUCAUCCCGUCGGCGCCGCGCUCGCCCAGUGUGGAGGUGCUGGGGCCCUCGUCCGUCCAGGUGAGGUGGGAGCCGCCGGAGAGUGGCACCCCGGAGCCCGAACACUACCUCAUCAACGUGACCACCCUCACCAGGUUCGAUCCCCCCGUAGACGUGAGUGGCGACGCUUCUGGUGACGGCGAGAGCGGAGGAGACGACAUGAGCGGCCAAGUCUUCCUGCCCAAGCGCCUGCAAGUGAGGGUGGUGUCGACGCAGAGCCAGGUAGUACUCAACAACCUGUCGCCCAUGACGUGGUACGAGGUGUCCGUGGUGUCGGUGAACGUCCACGGGACCUCCCUGCCCAGCUACACUCUGCGCGUCCUGACCCACCCCCGCGGCCACAACAAGACGGCCGUGGUGCAUCCCGAGCUUCCCGACGUGGUGGGCUGCUGCUCCGACAAGGGCGUCAAGCACAUCAGAUGCUUGAGGAACCUGUGUGACCCCAGCAACAGGUACAUCAACGAGCCAGACAUGAUCGUGUGCGCGCCGUGGGCCACCGAGGCGUUCUCCUGCCUUGCUAACGACAUGGACCACUCGGACUGCUGCCGCGAGAGGGGUCUGCCGCCACUCUGCGUCGAACUCUGUUCCGGCAACGUCACCAAGAUUGACUACAAGUACUUCAGGUGCGUGGACUACUUCAACGAUUACCGGAGCUGCCUCAUGAAGGGCUACAACGUGCUGCCGGGGCCGCCACGCGACGUCACCGUCAGCAACAUCAACCCAACCUUCGUCCUCCUCAAAUGGGCGCCGCCCGAGUUGCUUGGCGACUCGGUCAGCACCUACCACGCCUACUUCAGGCCGAUCCAGCCCAGCCGCGAGUGUGAGAGCAACUGGUUCAUCAACAACAUGGAGGUGUCGUACCACGGGGUGUACACGCAAACCUCACCCUUCGUGUUGGAGAAGCUUUGCGAGAACACUGAGUACGAAGUCUACGUGCAAGCAGUAAACAAGCACGGCACCGGAGACCCGUCACCGCGCGUCCUGUUCCGCACGCCGCCAGUGGUGCCCGAAACGAAAAUUGAGGACGACUCGGCCUACAACGUGACACAGUGCUGCGCAAGCGUCCAAAUUAGCCCCGGGUGCAUGCCGCUGUGUGACUACAACGCCCGCAUGUCCCACGUGAGGAUGCUGGCCGCCACUUGCGCCUCCGAGCUGUCCAGCCUUGUACGGUGUGCCGCGGGCGGCCGCAACCACCAGCCGUGCUGCCAACGCAGAGGCGUCCCGGACUCCUGCAUGAGCCUUUGUGCAGGCUCCUUCUCCAACCAGGCGACGCCGGCGGUCUGCAUGCCCUACAUAGGCAACAUCAUGAUGUGUUUGGAGGAUGGUGUGAGGACACUGCCGGGCCCCGUGAGGGACCUGCACGCCACCAAGGUCGCUGACGGGGAGGUGACGCUGGUGUGGCAGCCGCCCGCGGACGGCCCCAACGUGACGCUGUACCAGCUGCACUACCAGAGCGUCGACAAGCACUCCGCCGCGCUGGCCGUCUACUCCCUCAACAACACGAUGAACCUGACAGACACAGUUGCCACCGUGACCAACCUCAAGACGGGUAACAUGUACAACUUCUUCGUGGUCACCUUGAACGACAUGGGCACGUCGCUCCCCUCUGCAGUCCUCACCAUCAACGCCACGGAGGAGUCCAGCUUGGAGGGCGCCAUGGCGGGCGUGUCCUCGGCGCCUCACAGCCUCGUGCUCGACCACAAGACAGCCACGACCCUCACCGUGGUGUGGCAGCCGCCCGAGCUCGCCCACCCCACCGACCGCUUCACGUACAAUCUUCACUACCGCGCCCUGGGCAGCCCCGGGGACCUGGACAACUACAACGUCACCAACACGGGCACCUCGGCGCUGCUCCUCGAGAACCUGACGCCCAAUACACAGUACGUCAUCUACGUCACGGCGGUCAACGACAAGGGGGAGAGCCGCCCCUCGGAGACCCUGCUGGCCUGGACCGACCCCGCCUACCCGGCCUUCGUGGAGGCGCCGACGGUCCAUCCCAUCAACCUGAUCGUCGAGGGCGGCAAGAUGACCGUCCUCUGCAUCGCCAUGGGUUCGCCGCCUCCCACCGUCUCCCUUUACAUCUCCGGGGUCCUCAUCAACCAGGACGAGACGCGCCACAUGGUCACGGUGAUCCAGAACGUGACGAGGGACAUGCGGGAGAUCUCCUGCUACGCUGACAACGGAUACGGCACGCCCAUGCAGGCCUCGCGCACCAUCACCAUCUCCCGUCGGCCCAAGAUCAGGGCGCGGGAGGUGGUGCGUGUGCCUGAGGGAGCCACGGUCACGCUGGAGUGUGCCGUGGACGCCUGGCCCGAGCCGUCCCAGGUGUGGUGGCGGGACCCCGACGGCAGAGUGGCGGUCAUCCACGGCGGAAACCACGUCAUCAGCUCCAAGACGAACCAGGCCGAGGGUAGCUUCCUGAUGCAGCUGACCAUUAAGAAGGUUACGGAGAGCGACGCCCACUCCUACUACUGCCACGCCAGCAACGCCUUCGGCCUCUCCACACGCGUCGUCAAGGUGGAACUCACGAUGCCGGUGAAGCUGCAGGUGGACGUGACUGAGUGCUGCAUCGACAGUAACGUCACGGACACCUGCAUGGAAGCGUGCGCCUUCGACGAGCUGAACUUCGAGAGCGUGAUGAACAGGGAGGAGUGCAUCCCAGACUUCGGCAAGCUGAUGAAGUGCGCCGCGGACGGGUCGGACCACCGGAGCUGCUGCAGUAAGAACAGGGUGCCGCGCCCGUGCCUCGACUGGUGCCGCGGAGAGCCUGUGCCGCACAUCCACCUGUGUGAGCUGCGCUGGGCACCUGUCAUCAUCUCCUGCUUCAACGAGGGACAAGAGUUCCUGCCCGGGCCCCCCCUCGAGGUCCAGAUCUCCAGCACAAGCGCCACGUCCGCCACUGUGUCCUGGAAGCCGCCCGCCAAGAAUCCCGCGGCCGUCGAGCUGUACCGAGUGUUCUGGCGCAUCAAGGGUCACCGCGAGGCCCACAAGAACGACACGGCGGCCACGGAGCUGCUCAUCGAGGGCCUGAAGGAGGGCGAGAUCUACGAGGUGGCCGUGAAGGCGGGCAACCACAAGGGCACCUCCGUCCUCACGCGCACCGCCACCUUCAACCACCACCCCGGCGGCAGCUCCGUCACCUGGGCCUCCACGCCAGGCUCCAACGUGGUGGUGGAGAUCACGGUGGUGGUGGUCGUCCUGCUGUGCAUCGGUGUCGUGGCGGGCGUCGUCGUGGCACGUAAACGAAACCUUCUGGGCGCCAAGUCAUCCAGUAAUGGACGCAUCUCCUUCGAGAACCCGUCAUACAUCCGCGAGCAGAAUGGCGACACCGUGCAGAUCGCAGAGACGCCCAACGGCAGCUUCAACGGCAGCAUGACCCUCGGGAUGAACGGCGGCGUCAACGGAGGCCUUAGCAACGGCGGCAUCAACGGAGGAAUAUCUCCGAUCGACGUUAACGGCGGCGUCUGGAACACCCAGACUAACGCGUCGACGCCAGGGUUCGAGGACGACCUGCCGAGCAACGGAGGCUACAUGAGGUUCUCCAGCUAGUGACGCCUCAAGGCCGGCCCCCCGACGCCCUUCACGUUGGUCCCUUCCGUCGGACAGCAGUUAUAGAUACAUAUAAAUAGAUUUAUUUUCGGAACUCGUGCGCAGAAGAAUUUCCUGCAGAGAGAAAAAGCAAGUCUUUCGAGUUUCACCGCAGGGAGUGAGCAGAUUAGUCAGCCAGCUGCGUCCGGUUGAACACUCCAAGGUUCUCUCCGUAGUUGGGUUUUCAUACCUUCUUGCGUGGAAGAAAAAUACGCAUCAUUCAUGACUCUUGCAUAUCACACAGCUCUAGCCUCUAUGAGGACCACCAGUAGUGAAGAAGCAUUAGAAACAUGUGAGUGAAUCUCGUUUCGAAACCUUUUUGUUGAGUAGCCUGGGAGGGGCGAGACGCGGCCGCUCGGUGCCUCCGCCAAGCACUGAACGAUCGCAGUGCACCAACCACUCUUCACCCACGCUGAAAAGGAACUUCACCCUAUCCAAAUGCCGAGGCAAGGCAGUAAAGACAUCUGUCGCACCUCCAGGUGGUAAUGACUGGCAGCAGGUGUGACGCCCCUGGCCUGCUCCCCAGGUUGGCGGCACGGAGCACGGCUGCGGCGCGCGGCCCUCUCGCAUCCCUCUCCCUUAGAAGAGCUGUAUUCUGUUGUAUUUCAUAACCAAUAGUGUAUUGUUUUAUGAUCAUUCAAAUUGCCAAUGAAAAACAUUUUUGGCAUCUUAACCAAAAAAAAAAACUAUUUAUUGUUCAAUUGGUCACGUUUUGUCGUUUCGAGCAAGUACAGGCUCAUUUUAGACGUGUUUUUAGGGAUUUGAUUACACAUGUGUGCUGUAUUAUAACCCUUGUGUCACACUACGUAGUGCACCUGAGUGAGCUCUGAGCACCACGGGCGUGGCUGUGCCCAGGUGGCUCGGCAGGCUUACCUCGGGCCGCCUCACGAGCCCCAAGGUAAGCCAGUGACGCAACUUGACGCAGGUCAUCUCAGGAGUCUACGUUUUGCUAGUGCUUGAAACAAGCGUCACGCCGCCGGGCUCACCUGUGCAGCACACUCCCCUGGGGCAGGAUUCGUGCGUGCACCUGGUGAUCAACAGCAACCCCAGACACAGGUAACGAGUGAAGGGGAAUGGAGCAGUGGUUCAUACUGAUAGUCUUAACCUUGAUUUGUUGUCAGUGCCUUCGCAAGACUGACUCUUCACCUCGGCGGCCACUGCCGGGCCGCCGAGGCCAGACUGACCACGUCACUCUUGAUUCACUCUUCAUUUUGUCGUCACUGCAUUCAAAUCGCGUCUCUCCCACUUCUGUUUCCGGCCACCAGCCAGUAGUCGGGUUACUGUGUAGGUAAGGUCUUAUAGAACCUAACAAGGAAAUCAAACAAAAAAAAAUCUAAUAUUUUGAAGCCUAUCCUGGGGUGAUAUUUCUAGGGUGUUGGUUAUUCUCUUGAAAAAAUCACAAAAAUAUUUAUACGCUGCCAUUUAUUGUAUUGCUUUGCAAUUGCUCUCAAGGGCAUCCCGUCCCCGCAGCGUGGGGGGCCGAGGCACUGCCGCAAAUAUUACUAAUUUACCCAAUGGUUGAGUCCCACUCUGACCCACUUUUUGGCUUGUAUGAAGCGCGUCAAAACUAAGCACAAGACUACUUGAAAACAGUCUAACCUCCCUCUAGUGAGAAAGGGCCACACUACCCUCUCCCCGGCCCCUGGCGGCCGCCUCGCCAAGCAGGGCUGGCCUGCCUCCCUGCCGCUCGGUCCACAGUCCACCAAGCCGGCACCAAACACACAAGACGGUGAAGUGAGUUGUGCAUCUAGGCUCUUCGUUGCCCCGCCCCGGCCUGCUGUACCUGUAAGUCAUCAGGACAAAAUUAGACACUUAGCAUAAGUGGUGUUUGUAAUCUCUAAUUUGUGUAUUUGGCUGUGUGAUUCUGGCUUUGAAUUCGUAGUUAAAGGUUGUUUGGCAUGGAGUGAGGAAUUGCCAGGUUGCGUAUCCAUUGUUCCUCGCAGUAAGAUGGUGUUUCUGUGUUUGUGUAAUUUUGUGGAUUUUUAUGACUUUGAUAUCGGUAUCAUCGUCAUGGACACAGCUGAUGGAAUAGUCAAGGAGCCAACUGUUGGGUGGUUGUUAAAAGAAAAAGCAUUUUCAUUUAUAAUUGAUUUACCGGCAAACCAUAUUUAUAGACGGUGAGAUAUAUCGUUUUUUUCACUUUGGCGAACCAGCUGGGAAUGUGACGAAAUGUAUAGCGAGGACCGGCUGGAUGCACCGAGGCAGGGAAGGUUUUGGGUGUCUGUGAGAUAGCCAAGCGGGGGGCUCGGCGGGAGGCAGCACAGCGUUCCUUCAUGGACAUUAUAACACGUACACUUUACCUGCGUCCACUUUUCCGGCAGCACUUAUCGCGAUGCACUACAGGUGACACUAAUAUUCCCAAACACCACCGCGUUACGCAUCCAAAUGAAUGUGAUAAGUGUAUGUGUAGCAAUAUGAGAUGUCUGAAAUGAAGGAUAAGAUGAAGAUGAAUGAAGUGAACACAUACAAGUAAAGAAAAUAGUACAGCAAAAUUUCUUGAAAAACAUUGAAAACGAGAAUGUAAGAAUUGAUCAUUGAUGCUAUAUUUGAAGAUGUGUGUAGUGGCUUGUCGGCGCCAGGGGAAACACACACACACACACACACACACACACAGACACACAAGUAGUGAUCUGGCAAGUCAUCAUUUCGUGCGCUCUCACCAUUUCAUAGGACCCCACAUUUUCUUCGUGUGUUUUCGUCUCACCGGGAGUGUUCGUGGGCAUUAGGGAGAUAGCGAGGUAAAGAACACGAAGAUACAAUGAUCAGGAGACGCAGUUAAGUGCUGGGUGUGUUUCAAUCUGUAUCCUUAGUAACCUCGAGAUGGCUUAGGGGGCGCCAUUCUUUUGCCCGACUAGCUUAACCUCUUUUUUUUUAAUCACCAUGUUUUCUUAUACUCGUGGCAAAGCAAACUAUGUAAUAAUAAGCGUAGUAAUGAUAAUGGUAAUAGUAAUUUACAGGAGAACAACUAACAACGCUUGGUAAUGACAAUCAAGACAAAUCCUUUUCUAUUUCCGUUAUUUCUUUACUCGGAGUUGUGGUCAAAAUUGUCAGUCUCGUAUCGGUACUCGGAUCAUUGUCAGCUGUACACUACUAGGAGCCUUGAUAUCCGCUUCACUGAGUAUUUCGUGCAGUGAGACGCGUUGGUGUGGACGUGACGACUCAAGCUUCGCCUCUAGACGCUCCGAGCGCUGCGGGAGGCGUGCGUGGCAUGUAGUUGCCCUCUGACGCGCUGAAGGCUGAAUGAUGCGAUGGUGUUUGCUUGUUAGUGUGAGUGGCGUUAAUAGGACGGAGAGAGAGAGAGAGAGAGAGAGAGAGAGAGAGAGAGAGAGAGAGAGAGAGAGUUGUAUCAUCGGCCGCUUGGUUUAUUCUGAAAAAAAGAAGAAGAAAAGAAAAAGAAUUGGGGAAGAGGAGAAAGAGGAAAGAGAAAAGGAAGUAAUGAUGGGUAGGAAGUUUUGGGGGUAAUGUCUGUGUGUGUGUGUGUGUGUGUGUGUGUGUGUGUGUGUGUGUGUCCUCUCCCUUUCACCACUCCGUCCCCUUAGCGCACAGUGUUUAACCCUUCAACUCUUCCUCACUGCAAAAAUAGCAAGCCGCCGGGACGAGGGAGGGGCGUGCGAUGCGAGACACAAGUGAACUAACCAAAACUUUUAACUCCAGGAACUCUUUUUGUUUGUUUCAAGUAGAUGAUAAAUGUGUAGUCACGUUUGUUUUAGUGUGCGGUUUAUUACGAGGUUCCUAGUGUGUUGUUAACUUAGCAUCAGUUGAGGGUCCGUAGCCACAGGUUGGGUGAGCGCACGAGGGGAGGGUCUGUGUGGGUGAAGGCACUCCGCCACUCCCGCUGGGCCUGUGACUGGUGGAGGCUUGACCGUCACGUCCGCCGCCGCUCCGCUUCUCGUAAACACUUUGUUGAUGCUGAAGUCAGGCGAUGUUCCUUCAGUAUCACUUGAGGCUAUAGAUUAUUAUUACUAUUACUUAUUAUUAUUAUUACUACUAUUAUUAUUAUUACUACUACUAUUCCCCUUAGAAGUUUUUCCUCACGGCCGGCUGGGCAAAGAGCGGCGUUUCCUGCCUACAUUAGCAUAUUCAGAACAUACAUUUCUCUGUUUUGGACAUUUGGAGAUGUAAAUAUAUAUAUUGAGGUAAAUAUGUGAUAUUUUUAUAAUAAUCCACAUAGAAAACAUUUGAUAGUUAUUAUUUUAGCAUAGCUAGCCCUGACCACGAUGUUUAUACAUAGCACUGUAAAUACAUCACGAAAAUACAAGUGAAAAUUCA